CUGAACAUAAUUUUUUAAUAAGUCAAAACAUAGCGAGCACUGUUCUAUCGUUCUCGUUUUUGGGAAGUCUAUUUUUUUUACAGCAUUUUAGUUUUUUUUCUUGUAUGCAUUUUGCAUUAAUAGUUCAAUUCGUGGUCGAAUCGUUUAUCUUGGACAAAAUUAAAUUACCUUUUUGCCGCCAUAUCCUUCUGUAAACCCCAAAUUUCAAAAAAGAAGUACACACAAAAAUGAAUGGAAAACAAUCUUCACAUGGAAUGAAAGUUCGGGAUAUGGUUCGUCGAUUUGAUACAGCCAUAAAUUCAGAUGCGGUCAAAUCCUCUUUCUCAUCUAUUGGACCAACGAAAUCUUCGUAUUUUGGUUUGAAUCAAAUCGAUACAAUACCAGAUGAGGAUGAAGAUGAUUUUGAAGGUUUAUAUGGUGGCGAAACUAGACGUGUAUCGGUUGGUCACCAAUCACCAACAAGUCCAUCGAGGAGUAGCAAUGGAUCUCAAAAAACUGUUCGACAAUCAAGAUACAAAACAAGCUUUGAAGCUUAUAACGAUAUCCCAGCGAUUCCAUUGGAUAAUCAGAAGAGUUUUAUGAAUCUAUCAAGAUCCAAAGAACCGCCUAGACCUGCACCAAGAGAAAAAAAAUCCCGACAAUCUAUCUAUCAGCAUACCGAUGACAAAGUAACAGUUUCCGAUGUCUCAUACCCAAGUAAAACCAUCAUUUCGAAAACUCCUAACGGUGUUCGUAUAAUUGUUGAUAUAUUUUUUGACCAAAACAAGGGGAUUGCCAUUGAAGAUGUUGUGGGAAGCCGUAUAGAAACCGAUAUACCGCCGAGUAAAAUUUUAAAAGAAUUUCAAGAAAGAGUCGCUGAGAGCUCUCAAGAUUGAUUGUUUGAUUUGGAAAUUCUGUCCAUUUUUGUUUUCUAAAUUUCGUAAUUGUUCUUAGAUUAUAGACGAAACAGCAAUCAGGGGAAAACUAUUUGCACUAAAAAUAUACAUACUUUUAUUUUUGAAAAUUUAAA